UUUUGUCUUUCUUUCUCUCUCUAGGAUUUUGAUCGUUGAGGAGAAGAAAGAUGAAGAAGGAGGAGCAAGCGAGGUCUCUGUUAGGGGUCUCACUAUCAGGAAGACCUAAAUGGCAGCAAUUCUUACUAUGCACUUCUGGUUUCUUCUUUGGAUACCUCGUUAAUGGCGUCUGUGAGGAAUAUGUGUAUAACCGGCUACACUUCAGUUAUGGCUGGUACUUCACCUUUGUGCAAGGAUUUGUCUAUCUAGCACUGAUAUAUUUGCAAGGGUUCAGCACAAAGCACAUGGUGAACCCAUGGAAGACUUAUGUGAAGCUCUCUGCUGUCCUGAUGGGAUCCCAUGGGUUAACCAAGGGGUCCUUGGCCUUCCUCAAUUACCCUGCACAAUUGAUGUUCAAAUCAACAAAGGUAUUGCCAGUGAUGAUCAUGGGGGCUUUCAUUCCAGGACUGAGAAGGAAAUACCCGCUCCAUGAAUAUGUAUCAGCUGUUUUGCUAGUUGUGGGGUUGAUACUUUUUACUCUAGCAGAUGCUAAUACAUCCCCAAAUUUCAGCAUUCUUGGUGUGAUAAUGGUCUCUGGGGCUCUAGUCAUGGACUCAUUUCUCGGGAAUUUACAGGAAGCCAUAUUCCUCAUGAAUCCCGAAACCUCGCAGAUGGAGAUGCUUUUUUGCUCCACCGUUGUUGGACUGCCCUUCCUUAUUCCUCCCAUGCUCUUGACUGGGGAGCUCUUCAGGGCGUGGAAUUCUUGCUCUCAGCACCUUUACGUGUACGGUGUGCUGGUUUUUGAAGCUAUGGCAACGUUCGUUGGGCAAGUCUCAGUUCUCAGUCUCAUAGCCAUUUUUGGUGCUGCUACAACUGCCAUGAUAACAACUGCAAGGAAGGCAGUGACGCUCCUUCUCUCUUAUAUCAUCUUUACCAAGCCACUGACAGAGCAACACGGCACGGGUCUUCUACUAAUUGCAAUGGGAAUAGCCCUCAAGCUCUUGCCUGAAAAUCAACAGCCCUUAAAACCUUCUAAAACUGGUAAGUCAUCAAUCGAGAUAACGGAGAUCUCUCGGAAAGCAGACGAGGAAGAGGGGCGGCCAUUGAUCUGAGAUGGGGCUUUGGGGGUCUCUGAGAUCCGACGGUUCUCCUUUGUGUUGCGCUUUUUUUUUCUUUCUUCUAUUUUUCUGCCUUGCCCUAGGAUUUCUUUUCCUUACUUGUAAACAUAUUUGUGCGUUAGAGAGAGAGAGAGAAUUGGGAAGUGUUUACAAUGAUUAGAGAGAGAAAUUAGGAAUGGGUUUUGUUGCUUAGAGAGAGAUGGAGAGUGGAUUUGUUGCUUAGAUGGAGAAUUGGGUAAUGGGUAUUGUUGGUUAAUGAGAGAGAGAGAGAGAGAGAGAGAGAGAAGUUGGGAUUAGGUUUUGUUGCUUACAGAAGAGGGAGAGAGAUUUGGAGAAUUAGGGAAUGGGAUUUGUCUUUUAGUAGAGAGAGAGAGAGGGGUUUUCGCGUACCGUGUACGGUACGUGUACCUGACCUAAAGUACAGGUUCGUUUAGAAUGUGAUUUUUUUUUGUUGAUGUUAUUCAUGUAAUGAAGAUUCGAAGGAAUCAGGGUCAAAAGAAUGCUAAAAAAAUAAUAAGGAUCAUUGUCAAAAUAUGUUUUAAAUUCAAUACAAAAAUGUGUCACUUCUAGGUC